GUGCAACGACAGCCGUGAAGACUACGCAACGCGCUCAGAUGCACGGCUGUCAAACUUGCGCUCACAUCAUUUCUAUUUGUCGCUAUUUCGAUCGACACAUCGCACAGUCAAUCUGCCUACCUUUGGUAUGAGGGACAUGUCAAAAAGUGGUGGUGUCCCACCACAUUCGAUUGACUACGACGUAAUCAACGUGAAAGCACCAUCCGGCUGUGAAGAUAAUGUGUGACUGUGUUUGCCUUGACCCAGGCACUGGCACUACCAAGGUAGAGCCAGAUAGCCAUAGCGAUGCAAGCGAGAAGAGUCCCCCGACGGCGGACAAGAGAAAACCAGACGAAGAUGACGACGCGUCGCAGCUCAAGAAGCAAAAGGUGUCCAUGUCGUUUUCCAGAGGAACCAGCGGACUGAAAGCGAGCCAGGAAAAGAAGUCUGCCGCUCCCAUAUCCAUCAAGUUCGGCGCACAAAAAGUCAAAGAACCGGCACCAACGCUAAAGGCGGCUAGUGUGACCGUAGCGGAAGCGUUCAACCAAAGCAGCGACGAGGAAGAGGAAAUGCCACCGGAAGCCAAAAUGAGGAUGAGGAACAUAGGCAGGGAGACUCCCACUUCUGCUGGUCCAAACUCCUUCGGCAAGACGAGGCAAGGCUUCUGCGACAUAAAGAAAGUCUUUGAAAGGGAGCUCAAGUCAAAGAUGGAAGAGUUGCCCAAGUGAUUCCGCAAUGCCUUUGUAUCCUGCCUCUGUAAAAAUGUCUGCUACAAAAUACGCUUUAAAGCCACGCAUCUUACCAUUACAUUUGCCUGUAUGUUAUCUAAAGAUGAAGAUAAACUUUUUUGACUAUGCA